UAAGAAUAUUGUUAAAGACGUGACAGGUCCUGAUUUGGGUUGUUCAUUAGCAGACGGAACUUUGUUCACCACAAUUAAAUUAGGACAAUGAAAGAAACUCGAAUGCGUAAUUUGGACGCGUAAUUUCCAACCGCCCAAUCUCUUGGAUGCUUCCAAAUCCCAGCGCGAGGACCUGACCUGUCCUGUCCUGUCCGUGCUCGCACCUCAGCCAUGACAUUACGUUAUUCGUCUUUCUCCAUCACGGACAUCCUCACCGGACGUGACUCCCGGGGGAAGAAGAAGAAGCCCGGCACGAAGAGCGCAGCAGCAGAGCCGUGCGCAGCAGAGCGCAACGCGUGCGCCGAGCAAAAUAGCACCUGCAGAGCCUCUGAUCUGUGCCACCAAGGCGCGGAGGAAAGCCGCGUCUACCCGCAAAGACUUCCUCCUGAUCUAAGACUGUCUUUUGUAAACCUCAGAUCUGAAACCUGUAGUGAGGAGCCCACAGGAGAGGAAACCGACCACAGAAAAGGCGCCGCAAAGCAGCAACAUCACUGUGCUCUGUUGGACAACGGACAGAAAAAGGAGUUGGAUUCGGAAGACGAUGGAUGUACUCACUGCGGGGACACGGUCAGGUGUUCUCCUGACCAACAACAGCCAAGGCCCGGUGCGAAGAAGCGCACCAGAGCGGCCUUCUCUCACGCGCAGGUCUACGAGCUGGAGCGCCGCUUCAGCACGCAGCGGUACCUCUCAGGUCCUGAGCGGACAGAUCUGGCGCUCACCCUAGGACUGACUGAGACUCAGGUUAAAAUCUGGUUCCAGAACCGCAGGUAUAAGACCAAACGGCGGCACGUGGCCGAGCUGAUGGAGUGCAGCUCACCAAAGAAAGUGGCACUCGAAGUUCUCGUGAGGGACAAUUACCAGCAUCAGUAUCACUAUGCGAAUGAAGUACACGUCCCAAUGACUGUGCCAGUGUACCAGGCGCCUCAGCUCCAUCCCUACUAUCUGCAUUACUGCUGUCAGCCAUGGAGCAUGAACAGUAUGGUGUCUGGAUGGAGAUGAUCCAGAUGUGAAGGCUGGUUCUGGUGUUAGUUAGUGGACACUUUUCUGUAGCUUUCAAACUCAAUGAAUUUUUUA